AUGGUACAUGGUACAUGUACAUGUUAGGAUUGCGGAUGAGCAAGGAGAAGGCUCACAAAUUUUGACCGCUGCAACAAAACUAGCUUUUUAAAAAAAAAAUUGAAGCACUCCGCCACAACCCCAAACUCCUUUUGUUGUUCUGAACGAAAUUUCUCCAAGAUGAACCCAAAACAAGAAACCAGGACUUCCUCCAAGAAACAUCAUGGCGAAAAGCCAAUGAAGGACAUGAGUUCCUCCAGCAGAAGGAGCACCAGCAGCCGCAACGAGAGGCGCUCCAAGAACCGCCAUGAAAGGCUCAAGACCAACCAAAUGCAUCCCCAGGAUCUGAUUCUCCUUUUGGAAGUACAAGCCUACACUGAUCCAGAUGGGGCCAUGGAUUGGCUGAAGCAAAUAAAGCAGGCAUCCUCUAUUCAAGUUCAGCAGCACCAAGAAGUCUCGCAGGGUUCUUCGCACCACCGUGCGAGGUCCUCCAAGGCUGCCUAACGAGUGGUCUUUUGUCGCUUGGAUUCCAUACUACGUACUAUACAUUACUUUCAUAAGUAGACUGCAAGCAAGCCACCAACAGGGUGUGCUGAGCUGGUUCAUAACAAAC